UUUAUAUGCAGUUUGCUCUGCAUGGAUGAUACCAGUAUUAAGACUAGCAUUUAAACUGAAAGUCUGACUGAACCUUUUGUUAUCAUUCUUCAAUUAAUUCUGUCGUUUUCGUGCUUCUUAUCCAUGACAUACUAGGGUACCCUUGACGCAAAGUUCUUUAGUACUGUAAGAUACUGUGUACACAGGGCUCUUCAAAUUCCCUAAGGCUCUCUUGAUUCAAAACAUUUCUGUCAUAUAAACUAAAUAACCUGCAGCUAACUUCAUGAUCGUGAAAAGCUUCUAUAUACUGAGAUCAAGAGAGAAAAUAAAGAGAGAGAAAGAUGUCCAAAAUCACCUGUAUUUACGAUUUGGUACAGGCAUUACGAAAAUCCGGCCAAUUAAGUGAAAAAGAAAUAGAGAGCAAGUUUAGCAUGCUGUCCUUGAGUUUUAAAAUGGAUAAACUGACUUUACACCAAAGAAAAGAACUACAACAACGCUACAGAAAAACCGCCGAAAAAAACAUGGAAAAUGAAUCGAAGGCUCUUAAAGAGUAUAUUAAUAUAUUGGACCAACAGAAUAAUACUCCCCAAAUGCAAAAGCUAAUCAGCAGGAUAUAUCAACAAAUUGAAAUGGUUCAACAAGCAUCAGCAUUUGUAUCGAGUCGCGCCGAAUUAUACGGAGCUAUUCAACUGGAAGAGAGAAUGAAUCGAGCCUUUGAAGUUAUAGCUAAGUACGUAGAAAAAUUGAAAAGAGUGUACGACAAAGACCACCAGGAAUUGGAAGAUAUUCGACGUCUAUUAAUUGAAAAUAAAGUGUUGCCUACUAAAAUUAAUAGUGGAGUUGAAAACGACGAAUUGAAAAAGCCUCGUUUACCUUGUUCAUACUCUCCGAGCAGAGUAUCUGAAAACCGAGGUCGACGACUCAGUACAGUGGUCACUAAAGUUAGUAAAAUAACAGCUGCUAGUAGAAGCUCAUCAUCUGGAACAUCAUCUUGUCCUCCAUCCUCGUCCUCUGGUACUCCGUCGCCAAAAUAUUUAUUGAGUAGACGCAGCUCCUUACCGACUGCAGAGCAUUUAUGUGGUUUUAGUAGUUCCUCCAUUUUGUCUUCAGCUCUCAAGAAUAAGAGUUGGAGUCAGGAGGACAUUCCUGAGCAAGAAUCCGAAUGUCUCACGCAGGAAGAAUAAGAAUAAAUGUAAGAAAGGUGUAAUUCAUCAACAUUUAAAUGUAUGGCAAAAGUUUGUUUCAACAAAGCGAAGCAAAGUUUGUCGUUACGAGUGUUGUUCGUGCUAAAUUGACGACUUUUACAUAGACAGAACUAUAAAGAAAACUCUUGGAGCACUUGACAGUUUCAAAAACAAAAUGCUCUUUUAACACCAACUUUUAUGUGUUUCUUAUUGGCUCAUUCUGUCUACUUAGAUCUAUCUUAAUCAACCAAAGUAGGUACAUCAUGGACUGUUCUUAUUACUCCAAUAUGUCUACAUAGGAUAAACACCUGCAUGCGAAAAAGAAUGUGCCAAAUAUGUGUUUUUUGUCUGAUGCAACAGUAUUUGUUGACAUUCAAUUUGGAAUACAUUCGUCAUAUCUCCUAUCCUAUACUUUUAUUACUAUCAUAUUGUUACUUCUCUUAAUCAGCUGUGAUACUUGUGUUGCUUUUAUUAACCUCAUAAUGUCACUUCUCUUAAUCAACUGUGAUACUUGUGGUGCUUUAUUAACAUAAUAUUGUCACUUCUCUUAAUAAACUGUGAUACUCGUGUUGCUUUUAUUAACAUCAUAAUGUCACUUCUCUUAAUCAACUGUGAUACUCGUGUUGCUUUUAUUAACAUCAUAAUGUCACUUCUCUUAAUCAUCUGUGAUACUUGUGUUGCUUUUAUUAACAUCAUAAUGUCACUUCUCUUAAUCAACUGUGAUACUUGUGUUGCAAUGAGUUUUGUUGUUGUUGCUUGUGCUUCCUCUUUCAUCUUUCGACUUCAUCCUAUAAUUAAAUACGUAUAUUGUCACAGUAUAAAGAAGAUUAUUUUGUAGUUGUUUUUAAGGAAUUUCAGUUAAACAUUUGUUACAGUACGUUUUAAAAAACGCUAUUUAUAAAUAUUGAAUGAAAAGGUAGAAUAAAAUUCAUCAGUAUAUAAAACGAAAUUAGUAUUUAUAUUUUCAACCUGAACGACUCUUUAUGGGCUAAAUGGAUAGAUCAUAGUGCAAAACGAUAAGUUUGCUUGUUUUACGAUGUCGUGAAAAUACACGAAAAUUCGUUACUUCAUAAUAUCUUACACACUCGGGAAUAUUAAGUUCCAAUUCACUCGGGAAUUUCUAACUAGCUUGAGCUUAAGGAAGAGAAAAGGCUGUCUUAACUU